UUUCUCGUACCUGUAUUUUCUCGGAAAAUCCAAGAAACAUUUUCGUGGAUGCUAGAAAAGAAAACUACAAAUCAUUCUGCUGUUCAAAGAUCAUCAACCAAGGUUCUAAAAUGGCGAAGAUUAAACAGCUACGAAAAUGAACAAGAAAGAGACUCUUUACAGAUCUCACUUUCGGUAACCUCGAUGCCUCUCUCCAUCUCUCUCUCUCUCUCUCUCUCUCUAUCUAGAAAUACAUGUCAAUAUCUUCAAUGAAGAUCUCUACAUUAAACUCGAUAAUCAGCAAGAUCUAGAAUUUCCUCAUUUUCCUUCUCUUCUCUCUCUCUAAAUACCUGGCGAUCUUGAAAUCACGAGCUUCAGAUUCAACUUCCUCAUCAUGAUCUGGAAUUUUCUCAUAUGAAAUCAAAGGCAUUUGUGUCCGGAAUCUCCAGAUUUUGAGUUUCAGUCAGGUCUAGGGUUUUACAGGCUUUUCUACCAUGGAUUUGAUUUAAGUUUUCAUAUUGUAUUUAUCAAAUUCAUUGCAAUGUUGAAGCAAUUUCUCAGUAAACUACCUCGAAAAUCAUCCAAACCUGACACCAUUGAAUCGCCAAGGAGGGGUUCGGGCAAUAGUUCGUCCUCCAAUAGUGGUGAUGAUGGUGGUGGUUUACAACGUACCACAAGUGGGACUAUGGUUUCUAUUCGAUCGAACGCCACUAAACGAACCUCAUCGGUGGUGUUCCCAUCGAGUGUUGUCACUGGAAUCGAGCCUCUAUUAGCAUUCAGAGAUGUUCCUAGUUCAGAAAGAUUGAAUCUUUUUAUCAGUAAGUUGAGUUUGUGCAAUAUGGUUUUUGAUUUCACUGACCCAAGCAAGAGUACAACAGAGAAAGAUCUUAAACGUGUAACUUUGAUAGAGCUUGUUGAUUUUGUAGCUUCGUGUCCACCGAAAUUUACUGAAUCGGCAAUGGUAGCAAUGUGUAAAAUGUGUGAAAAUAAUUUGUUUAGGGUUUUCCCACCUAAUUAUCAGUCUAACUCGGGUGGCAGUGAGAAUGAUGAUGAUGAACCAAUGUUCGAUCCCGCUUGGCCACAUUUACAGAUUGUGUAUGAUUUACUGCUUCAUUUUGUAACUUCGUCUUUGCUAGAAGCAAAGGUAGCAAAAAAGUAUAUAAAUCAUUCAUUUAUUUUGAGAUUGCUUGACCUCUUUGAUUCUGAGGAUCCUAGAGAAAGAGAAUGCUUGAAAACUAUUCUGCAUCGGAUUUAUGGGAAGUUCAUGGUUCACAGACCUUUUAUCAGGAAGAGUAUCGGGAAUGUCUUUUAUCGCUUUAUAUUUGAAACGGAGCGGCAUAAUGGAAUUGCUGAAUUGUUGGAGAUUUUUGGAAGUGUAAUUAGUGGGUUUGCAGUACCUUUAAAGGAGGAACACAAGAUCUUUUUGGGCAGGGCUUUGGUUCCUCUACAUAAACCGAAAUCUUUGGGGGUUUACUUCCAACAAUUGUCAUUCUGUGUUACACAGUUUAUAGAGAAGGAGCCAAAAUUGGCUCUCAAUGUAAUAAGGGGGUUGUUGAAAUAUUGGCCGAUUACAAAUACCCAAAAGGAGGUGAUGUUACUCAGCGAAUUAGAAGAGAUUGUGGAAGGAAUUAACAUGGGGGAAUUUCAAAAGGUCAUGGUUCCAUUAUUCUGGAGAAUUGGGUGUUGCAUCAACAGUUCCCACUUCCAGGUAGCUGAAAGGGCGCUGUUCUUCUGGAAUAAUGACCAAAUCGUGAACCUUAUUGCGCAUAAUCGGCAUGUUAUCCUACCAAUCAUAUUCCCAGCAUUGGAAAGGAAUAUUCAGUGCCACUGGAACCAAUCAGUGCUCAACUUAUCUCUAAAUGUGAGGAAGCUGUUCACAGAGAUGGAUGACGGGCUGGUCGUGGCCUGCCAUGCCCAUUUCAAGGAGGAACAAGCAAAUCUAAGCGUGGCAGCAGAGAAGCGUAAGGAAACAUGGGAGCAACUGGAGAAUGCAGCCAGUCUCCAGCCAAUAACCGGAAACACUGCUGUUCUGGUAACUCUUCUAGCAACCUCCAUUACCUGCUAAGUGGCAUUUUAGUCUGUGCUUGUUAAGGCUCCAUUUUUUUUUUUUUUUUUUUGCAUUUGUAUUUGUAUUUGUAUUUGUAUUUGUACCUUUUUAGUCUCUUUCUUUUGGGUGGUGAGAUAACCACAAAAAAUGUAUGGAUAUAUAUAUUUACAUAUAUAGCUGUUUUCUGGGGAAGGUAUGUUCAUUUUUUGCGGGGGAUAGUUUUUUGACA